CAGUUAUCACAUCUCAGGUGGAUUUGUGUAUACAGGAUAUCAUAAAAAGAAAUCCUGGAGAACUUGUCACUUCUCAGAAGGCAAUAAUCCCCAUAUGACAGGAUAUACAAGGCAGUAAUCUGGUAAUGACAGGAUCUACAAAGAUUUUAUAUGAUUUGGAAUUACAUGACUCCUGCAAGAAGGGCUGUUGUCGAUUUCAUAUUACAAGUCAGAGUUGCAGCUGUAACAGCAAGCUUCCGAGUGGGGGCAGGACAAAAAAGAGUGUGCCUCAACGGAUUUUAGCCACAACCUCACAACCAUGGUUUUAUGACGUUUGGGGAUAUCAUAGUUGAUACGAUUUUCUUUUACAAUUUGGGUAAAACAUUCCCACCAGAAUCAUGAAACUACUCGACACCAUCCUCUUCAUCAUGGGCGUCACCUAUACGCAGAUCUUGGCAGCUCCAUCUGGUGUCCAAAGAGAUAAACGCGCCCUUGGACCGAUGACGAAGGAGGAAGCGUUUUAUACAAUGGUUGAGGGACUUCAUCGGCAGAUAAAUGAUCUAUAUAAUGACAGGGACAGCGACAGAAAGCGCUUCCAGGAGCUGGAGGUAAAGGUUGACCACCACCAAAAGACAAUUCACAAACUUCGCGUGGAGCUACAUGGGUUAAACGAGCAGCAGACAACCAGUCAGGACAAAAUACAGAAUUUACAGGGUUUUAUCGAAAAUCAGGAAUCAAAUUUUCAAGAUAUUCGAACAGUGCAAACGUUGUUAGGUCAAGACAUCAAAGGAUUACUAGAAGUACAAACUAAUUUUACUGAAAGUGUUUCUAGACUUGAACAAAAUGUCCUCAAGGGGGAACAAGAGAAAGAGAUGUUCUCUGGUGCUGUUUAUGACAUGAACAAGGAAAUAAAGACAAUGUGCGACUCUAUACAAAGACAAAAGUCUGAUUUAGAACAAUUGCAAUUCACAUUUCAACAUGUUAUUGAGGCAGAAUUCGGAAAACCAAAACACAAAUCGAAAUCUAAGGCGCGCUCAAAAAAGAAGGGGGAGAAAAAGUCCACUAUCAUUCCAUUGUUUGAUGAGUUCGGUUCUGGAUCUGGUGAACCAGAACUGAACCUAAAGGUCAACGAAAAUCUUGAGAAUUCAAAUUCAAAUCAAAGUGUUAUUAGUGACCUUGACUCUAAUUCUAAUGACACUGACCUAGGUUCUGGUGACCUCGAUCUUGACCCUGACCUUCAGAAGGUCAAUCCUGCAACCCCAACUCAAGAAACACCAACGGGCACAACCAUGUUUACCUCGACGGACUCUGAAGAAGAUGAAGUGGACAUAACAAACAACGGGAUCCUCCAUGUCUUCUCUAAUGACUUUGCAGAAAGAUUUAUCGAACAGGUCAAUGAAAUCAACAAUCUUAAGGUCAAGGUCAAAAACUUGAAUAUCACGGUGAAAAACCUUGCGGAGCAAUUUUCAGAGAGGCCGUCCGAAAGUGCUCAAACCAGUGCUGAUCUUCUCCGUGACACUUUUAGUAAUUUGACGCAACAAAUGUUAACCCUUCAACAACUGAAUACAAUCAGUAUACCAAACAUUACCAACACCUUUUCAAAUCAAAAAGAGUUAGACAAAUUACUAGGAGUUGUCAUGGAGACAAAAGACUCAAUUAAUGAUCUCGCGAGGGCCUCUUUUGAGGAGAAGAUUCAAUACGAGGAGAAGUUCAGUGAGAUUGGUUUCAAAGUUUUCCAAAUGAACAAAACAGUGACCACUGCCAUGCGACGAUUAGAGAAGUAUAAAGAACGCUCACGAGACACACAGGAUGACUUUGGAGACCAGAUCGCUGAAACGUCUGAGAAAAAUCUCAAAUUAGAACAGCGACUUGAGCAUGUCGAGGUGAAAGUUUUUAACGCUUCAUUGCAAAAAUGUUUGAAAAAGGACCGUGAUAAUGAUCAGGAUAAACAGAUUGUAAACAUCAUCCAGGACUUGCAGACGUUGAUAACAGUCACCGAGAGACAAAAACGUGAUUUACGCCGAUUGAAAGUUUUGGUGGAGGAGAAUAAUAUGAACAAUGAUCAGACAACAAAAGUCAUAGGUGAUCUCCUCGGACUGACAAAGAAUCUUACAGUACAUAUUCCUGAGUUAUUAGACGCCAAGGCAGAGGUGGACAACUUAGUGGAGCAUCUACCAUUAGAUUGUACUGAGAUAUACCACAAGGGUAUCCGCCACACCGGUAUCUAUCUCAUCCGACCCCUAGGACAGGUUGGAUCCGUCGGGACGUACUGUGACAUGGAUAACGACGAUGGCUGGACGUUGAUCCAACGACGCCUCGAUGGCAAAACUGAUUUCAAUCGCGACUGGUACGAUUAUAAGUUCGGCUUCGGCGACACAAAGAGUGAUUUCUGGAUUGGUAAUGACAACAUAUACUACCUGACGAUUCAAGACGACUACAUGUUGCAGAUAGAUAUGUGGGAUAUGAAUGACGUCUACUGGUACGCCCUGUAUGAAGACUUUUACAUAACAGGCAGCGAACAGGACUUCAUUCUAACUGUAAACAAUUACACUGGUAAUGCAACAGAUGCUUUGAGUUAUUCUAAUGGGAUGAAAUUCGGCACACCAGAUGUUGACAAUGAUGCGAGUAGCACACAUUGUGCGACGUUUUAUCAAGCAGGCUGGUGGUAUAAACAUUGCCAGUUUAGUAAUCUGAAUGGCAGGUUCGAUAUCGGGAUGGUUUGGUUUAAUUACGAGAGAGACGAGUGGAUGCAGAUGAAGAAGACAAUUAUGAAAAUUAAGCCAAGGAAUUCAAGCGAUUAGUUCUAGGUCAUGUACUUCCAUUGGAAGUUUUACUAUUAUAAUUUGGGUUUAGGAUUAUGACAUGACUGCUCAAGGGCAUGUGACAGUCAACUUUGACAUGUUUUUAAUGAGUUUUUAGUCUAAAAAAAUGUUGACAAUUUCAAAAGAAAGAAUGAACUAGUGUGUGCUUCAUAUUUGUUCUGAUCGUAAUA